GUGGAGGGCGGGACAGAGGGGCCGGGCCCAGGCGAAGCUCCAGUCGCUGCUGCAGCGGAGGCCCAGGACGGGACUUGGACCGGGCCGGGGAGUGCCGGACGCAGAGGAGCAGGAGGCGAGAUCCGCCGGAGCUUCGAGCCCCCGCCGCUCCGCCGCGCGGUGACCCCGCACCCAGGCGCCCUGCGGACCUGGUUGUUCUCGAGGAGAUUGGUGGGGUCGCGGCGGCAGCGGUUGGGGGUGGGGAGAGGCGCGGCGAGGAAAGGAGAGAGGUCAGCGAGUUGGAGGGAGGACCGAGAGCUCAGCUGCCGUCAUGUCCGAGGACUCGAGCGCCCUGCCCUGGUCCAUCAACAGGGACGAUUACGAGCUGCAGGAGGUGAUCGGGAGUGGAGCAACGGCUGUGGUCCAAGCAGCAUAUUGUGCCCCUAAAAAGGAGAAAGUGGCAAUCAAACGGAUAAACCUUGAGAAAUGUCAAACUAGUAUGGAUGAGCUCCUGAAAGAAAUUCAAGCCAUGAGUCAGUGCCAUCAUCCUAACAUUGUGUCUUACUACACGUCGUUUGUAGUAAAAGAUGAGCUGUGGCUAGUCAUGAAGCUGCUAAGUGGAGGUUCUGUUCUGGACAUUAUUAAGCACAUUGUGGCGAAGGGGGAACACAAAAGUGGAGUCCUAGACGAGCCUGCCAUUGCUACAAUACUCAAAGAAGUGUUGGAAGGGUUGGAAUACCUGCAUAAAAAUGGGCAGAUUCACAGAGAUGUGAAAGCUGGAAAUAUUCUUCUUGGAGAAGAUGGUUCAGUACAGAUUGCAGACUUUGGUGUUAGUGCUUUUUUAGCAACUGGUGGUGAUAUUACCCGAAAUAAAGUGAGAAAGACCUUUGUUGGAACAUGGAACAGGUAAUCCUGUUCAUCUCUCUGUUUCCUACAGGUCCGAGGGUAUGAUUUCAAAGCUGAUAUCUGGAGUUUCGGGAUCACAGCGAUUGAAUUGGCCACGGGGGCUGCUCCUUAUCAUAAGUAUCCGCCAAUGAAGGUUUUGAUGUUGACACUGCAAAAUGAUCCUCCUUGUUUGGAAACUGGUGUUCAAGAUAAAGAAAUGCUGAAAAAAUAUGGAAAAUCAUUUAGAAAAAUGAUUUCAUUGUGCCUUCAAAAGGAUCCAGAAAAAAGACCAACAGCAGCAGAAUUGCUGAGGAACAAAUUUUUCCAAAAAGCAAAGAAUAAAGAAUUUCUUCAAGAAAAAUUAUUGCAGAGAGCACCAACCAUUUCUGAAAGAGCUAAAAAGGUUCGGAGAGUACCAGGUUCCAGUGGCCGUCUCCAUAAGACAGAAGAUGGAGGCUGGGAGUGGAGUGAUGAUGAGUUUGAUGAAGAAAGUGAGGAAGGGAAAGCAGCAAUUUCACAACUCAGGUCUCCCCGAGUGAAAGAAUUAUCAAAUUCUGAGCUGUUUCCAACAACGGAUCCCGUGGGUACUUUACUUCAAGUUCCAGAAGAGAUUUCUGCUCAUCUACCUCAGCCAGCUGGGCAGACGCCUGCACAGCCAACUCAAGUCUCUCUCCCACCCCCCGCAGAGCCAGCAAAAACAGCUCAGGCUCUGUCUCCAGGAGCAGGUUCACAAGAAACCAAGAUCCCCAUCAGCCUAGUACUAAGAUUAAGGAAUUCCAAAAAAGAACUAAAUGAUAUUCGAUUCGAAUUUACUCCUGGGAGAGAUACUGCGGAGGGCGUCUCUCAGGAACUCAUCUCUGCUGGCCUGGUGGAUGGAAGGGAUUUAGUCAUAGUGGCAGCUAAUUUGCAGAAAAUUGUGGAAGAACCGCAGUCGAAUCGAUCUGUCACUUUCAAACUGGCAUCUGGUGUCGAAGGCUCAGAUAUUCCGGAUGAUGGUAAACUAAUAGGAUUUGCCCAGCUCAGCAUCAGCUAAAUCACGGCCCUGGACGAGGAGGCCUCAGAAGAUUCCACACAUGCGUAUCUCUGUUACUUCUGUGGCCUAAACCCACUACUGCCAAAGAACCCAGCAACAAACUUCCCAGCUAGGAGUGUUAGAGGUCUUUCCUCAUGUUCGUCCUGCCAUCAUCCCCCCGUUUCCCACAGGGAAAGAAAAGUUGGAUCGCCAGUGGCCAGCAUCCCCUUACAGAGUUCCGUUAGUCCACUUCCACGUCUCCUACCUUCCUCCAUCUGCGACGUGGCGCGCGUGCCUCAGCCCGGGAGGAGAUCUUUCAGCUCAUCUUGCCUUACUCCAUUGAUGGCGCUGGGUGGAAAGUAGCAGCUGUGUCGGGCUUCCUCGUGCUGCCUCUUCUCCCACACCGGACAGGAUGUGGGCACCUUGGGAUGUCUCUUCACCCCACUGAAGUAGCGAGUAAACGUUGAUUGUCCAGCUGGAGCCCAGAGAAUUUAAUUUAGGGAUUUUUUUUUUAAUCUGAUGUGAAUUCUAGCAACCUUUGUUAGGAAAAAGCACAGCCUCAGAUGGAGGCAGCCGAAACUGUCUUCGAGUUUUGUUGAUGAUGUUUCUAAGCGUUUUGCUGAAGCUGCUCUCAGGCACCCUCUUCAUUAUUCCCUCCAGAAAGGGUUGCUCGCCUUAACUUCAGCCGGUGCAAAACAUCCGACUGUAGUCGAACUUCAGCCAUCGGAUCCUUCAAAGUGGAACUUGGAACUGUUUUUAGAGAAAAUACCAAGUAUUGGCUUGUUAAAGUGAAUUUUCCCAGCAGUGGUUUUUGGACAGAAAAAAAAAAUCAUAACUCAUAUCAUUGUGGAAGUUAUUUAUUUUCAGAAUUUAAAAAAUUAGAUUGAAGGAAAACUGCUCCUCAAUCCUCCCCUGAAAAUCAGUUUGCCUGGCCUCCGAGUCACGAGGAAAUGCAAGGCUGAGAUUUCUGCAGCAAUAACGGAGACCCCACUGCGCUGGAGAGGCCUGCCUCCGCCCCUCGCCUGCACUGCCCCUUCGGGGGGUCCACCCCGAGGUGCACUGAACCGGGCCCAAGGCAGAGAGCGAAACCACAUGUGCCGUGACUUGGGAUUUCUGACAGACAGUAUUCAUUUGAUUUUCUACAGAAAUAAUGUAAAUUAUUCUUUAGGUUUUAAAAAAGAGCACUCAUAAUGCAAUUUGUGAAUAAUCAAUGGGGUUGAUUUUUUUUUUUCCUACUGUUUCACAGUCAGCCUUUGUCUAAUUGCAAAGAGCCCUAACGCGUUUUGUAUAUGUAAGGGAUCCUCCAUCUGGCCUUACACCACACACAGAGGGGCUUUGGCCCCAGGAAGCGGGGAGAGCUGAGCUGCCUCUUCGGGAGCGGGUCCAGCACGUCCAUUGUUGGUCUGUGAAUAGCAAGAUUGCUUUACCUGGUUUUCUCGGAGUGUCUCAAGGCUCUCCCUACAGGUGACUUGUCACAGUUCUGGUUUCAUCCGGAGCUUGUAGUUUUAGUCACGGGCUUUCUUAGCCUACCCUGGAUGCAAAGGCAUGUUGGGAAAGGGGUGGAUGUUGGGGAGUGAGAGAGGAUGGGUUUGAGACGGAGGUUGGGAAGAAAGUAGAUUACGGAUCAGACACCAAAGUCGAUGGUCCAAGCAGGAUUGUUGAUGGGAGAGAGCCUGCUGAGCCUAGAGAGAGGAAAGAAGGUUGAUCAGCUUGCUGGGAAAAUAUUUACCUUUUUCUUUCUUUUUAAAAAAAAUGUAUUUAUUUUUUUUUAGAGGCAGGUAGAGGGAAUAAAGACAGGGAGGUAGGAGUAAGUUUGAAAAAGAGAUAGUGUCCUCUUUGGCGCAAGACUAGUAACUUACCCAGAGUCUGUGUUUUGGUGUCCAAUAAGCCCAUCAUCUACUUGUUUAUGAGUCCAAAGGGUGUGGCAUCGCUGUUGUGGCUUUCUGUUUGUAGGCGAUUAAAGCCCAGGCCGGGGGAAGCGGCAGCCCAUCCUCCUGGUCAGUGUCUCCAGCCAGCCAUUACCUUUGGACGGCAGUGGGACAAGCAUGGCCAUGGAAGUGGCUGGGGCUUUCUCUUUGCUCCCAGUUCAUUGUUUGCCCUGCUGGGAAUGAGGAGUCACCAAGCUGCAGGACAGCGUUAGUUCUCGUGCAUGCGGUAUGGUGGACUCCCUUUGCUGCCUCGCGCAGUGAUGCUGAGAAAAUAAGUGAACAGAAACUUCCAGGUGGAACAGCACGUGACCUAGUGAGAGGCCUCGCUCCUUUCCAGGAGUGGUGGGUGGUUCGGGGUACACCCUUUUCCCAAGGUCCCCAGGACUCCCUGUGGUAGGGACUGACUUUAGCACAAGUUAACCUGUGCCAAUGCUGUUUGUGAAAUGUAUGGUGUUUCUAAAUGACUAUUGGAUUUGUUUGGGUUUUUUGCUUAAGUUUUGAACCAAAUCCUAGAGCCAGCUGAUACUAUUUAAUAAUCUGGAGGAUAGAAUAAUAGUGUAUCAAUAAACGGAGGUUCCUCCUUACGACGUGUGCUAGAUUAUGGAAGAUGUAAAAUAUUUGACUCACCCCCACCCCUUUUUUGACUUUGUAUUUUGCUGCAUGUUUCCUUCAUUUUUAAUCAAUAAAGAGUAAAUUGUC